CUGAAGGAGGACUUCCGGGGCAGUAGGGAGAGGCUUCUCUGCUGCUGUGGUGGCGGCAAUGAUCUAAUCAUGUCGGAUAAAGAUGAUAUUGAGACUGAAGUGAUAAGUGAAGCAAUCUCCAUCCUUGAUGAUGAGAACUGUGAGCCAACCAAGAAUUUUGAGUCAGUUGACCAAAGUGCCAAGUCAGAGAGUAAAUCAGAACCUGUGGCUUCUACUCGGAAAAGACCAGAGUCCAGACCUUCCAGUGACCUUGAGACUUCAGACAUUCUCCCUGUUCAGACAUCACAGGCUGCAGGCAAAGAGACUGUUUCCAAAGAUGUACCCCAGACCGGGUGGGGCUAUUGGGGAAGUUGGGGCAAGUCCUUGCUCUCCUCAGCCUCAGCUACAGUAGCCACAGUAGGACAAGGUAUUUCAAAUGUCAUUGAGAAGGCAGAGACUUCACUUGGAAUCCCUAGUCCCAGUGAAGUUUCAUCUGAAGUCCAGUAUGCAACAGGAGAGACAAAUGCCAAAGAGAAUGAAAACUCCUCUCCAAUGAGUGGGCCAUUUGGGGUAUUCUCAACCAUCUCUACUGCUGUUCAGAGCACAGGAAAGAGUGUUAUCAGUGGGGGUUUGGAUGCCUUAGAAUUCAUUGGGAAAAAGACAAUGGAUGUAAUAGCAGAAGGGGAUCCUGGAUUUAAAAGAACCAAGGGUCUGAUGAACCGGACUUCCACACUGUCUCAGGUUUUACGAGAGGCAAAGGAAAAAGACGAGCUAUGGACCGCCAAUGAGGUUACCAUGGAAACGGACAAGAAAACUCAUUAUGGGCUACUCUUUGAUGAAUUUCAAGGCCUUUCACAUCUAGAAGCUCUGGAGAUGCUCUCCCAAGAAAGUGAAAUAAAGGUGAAAUCUAUUCUUAAUUCUCUAAGUGGAAAAGAAUUAGAGACUCUAAAAUUUGAAUUGGAGCAACUCAAAGAAGCAUUUUCCCUAGCAGAGUUCUGUGAGGAAGAGGAGGAAGAGAAGAAAGGGGAUGAAGACUUUACCAAAGAGAUAACAGAGCUAUUUUCCCAGCUGCAUGUCUCCUCCAAACCAGAGAAACUUACUAGGGCAAGAAAUACAGCCUGUGAAUGGAUUAGGACAUCUCUGGCCAAACCAUUAGAAGAAAAGGAAGAAGGAAAAAAACAGUUGGAAGCAGAAAAAAUUGAGCAAGUUAAUAACAAUUCAAUAGAGGAUAUCCAUGCAUUUGCAAUCCGGAGCCUAGCAGAAUUGACUGCCUGCUCAAUUGAACUGUUUCACAAAACAGCGGCUCUGGUUCUGCAUGGCAGGAAGCAGGAAGUAACAGCCAUAGAAAGGAGCAGAGCCCUUUCCCAGAUGACAGUUGUGUUGUGUAAAGAGUUGUCCUCUCUGUCUAAAGAGUUCACCACCUGCCUAACAACUGCUGGGGUCAAGGAAAAGGCAGACGUCCUUAAUCCAUUAAUCACUGCAGUAUUUCUAGAGGCAUCAAACAGUGCUUCCUACAUUCAGGAUGCUUUUCAGCUACUUUUACCUGUGCUGGAGAUCUCUCUUAUUGAGAACAAGAUUGAGUUACCAGAGGCAUGAGCUACAGGUCCAGAGGCCUUUGUCAGAACACUGAAGAAUGGAGAAGAUUCUACCUGAGACUUGUGAGGGCCAAGAAAUGCCACUGUCUUCUGGGUACCCCUGGAGAAGUGAGGGAGAAAGGUUAUUUUAGUAUAUAAAAAUCCAGGCAGGAGAGCAGGUUUAAGGAAGUUUGUUGCCUUCACUGCUUGGCUGAAGUAUUCAGGUCCUCACACUGCUCUUCCCAGUUGUUAUAAUUAAUAAAUUAUUUGAAAAGAAAUUUUAUAGAAAGUUAAAAAAUAAUAGCUCAUAAGGUUAAGGGGACACUCAGGCAAAAAUAUUGGUCUUUCUUCGACAAGAUGCAAAACACUAAAAAUUUUGCAGUGGCUGUAAUUUUGCAGUCCAUGGAUGUAAUUGGUUGUUAAGCAAGAGGAAAAGGAACUCAGUAUUCUGGAAUUCAUGUGCUUGAUCUAUUAAUGCCAUUUUCUUUCUCCUCUCUAUAAUAAAAUCUGUGGCUUU